AUGGGUCGUUCAGCUCUGCUCAUUGGCAACAUCACACAUGCUCGCAAGGAGUGGGAGGAACUUGGUUCUCUGAUCGAUUUGAAGGAGUACAAGACCGGCUCAAGAGAUGACUUCCUCUCCAAGCUGAAGUCUGGAGAAUUUGCCGACACCUUUGUCGUAUACCGCAGUAACGAGUCGACGGGCGUAACAGGACCCUUUGACAAAGAGUUGGUUGAUUUGCUGCCUGAGAGCGUCAAAUAUAUUACACACAAUGGUGCUGGUUAUGACAACAUUGAUGUCAAGGCCUGUACUGCUCGUGGUAUUCAGAUCUCGAGUACGCCUAUUGCUGUCAACGAUGCUACUGCCGAUGUUGCCAUUUUCCUCAUGUUGGGAGCCUUGAGACGCAUCACUGUUCCCUUCAAUGCCGUGCGCAAGGGCGAAUGGCGAGGCAAGGCUUUCGGCCUGGGCCAUGACCCCAAGAACAAAGUCUUGGGUAUUCUCGGUAUGGGAGGUAUUGGAAAGGCUGUGGCCGACAGGGCUGCUGCUUUCGGCAUGAAGAUUCAAUACCACAACCGCAACCCACUGCCCGCCGACAAGGCAGGAAAUGCCAAAUAUGUCUCGUUUGAUGACUUGAUGAAGACUUCGGAUGUUCUGAGUCUCAACCUCGCUCUCAACCCCUCGACGAAGCACAUCAUUUCCACCAAACAGUUCGAGAUGAUGAAGGACGGUGUUAUUAUUAUCAACACAGCCAGAGGACCAAUCAUUGACGAAGCUGCGCUCGUCAAGGCCAUUCAGAGCGAGAAGGUCUUCUCUGCUGGCCUCGAUGUCUUUGAGGAGGAACCCAAGAUUCAUCCCGAACUUAUUAGCGAUGAUCGUGUUGUCUUGCUGCCUCACAUUGGCACCGCAACUUGGGAGACGCAGAAGGAUAUGGAGCUAUUAGUACUGGAGAACUUGAGGUCGGCUGUCGAGAAGGGCGAGCUGGUAACAUUGAUACCCGAGCAGUCUAAGUAG